CUUCAGAUUCAUGAACGGCGUCAAAUUUUACCAUGAAUUUUCAACACUGGCGAAACUUAGGGGAGGCAGAUUGCCAUACGUGUGAAACUGAAGAUCUUCCCCGCCCCACAUCAUAACAGCGCCAAGAGUACAAGGAAGAAACCACGCCAGACCCCACCCCCACGCCCCCUCCUAUGUCCUCCACCUCCACCACCCCCACCACAGAAGCUAACGACUACUCAAGCCAAAUGGGGUCAGCGGAGGCACCUCUAGAGGGCGCCAUCCUCACGGUCAUCUGUCUCACGGCCAUCACAGCCAAUGUAUCUCUCUGGUUGGUUGUUCUCACCACACGUGACCUGCGCACGGAGUCCAAUGUGCUCAUCCUGUCCCUGUCCUUCGCUGACCUCCUGGUCUCUACAGUGAGCAUGCCCAUAACGGUGGCCACGAUUCUCACGGCUCGAUGGCAGUUCUCGCAACUGACGUGCACAGCUAUCGGCUAUCUCAACAUGAUCACCUUCACGGCCUCUGUCCAGUCCCUGGGAGUGAUCAGCGUCAACCGUUACAUGAAGAUCUGCCGGCCCAACAAGUUUGCCGACAUUUACACCUUCAGAAAUGUCCUGCUCAUGUGUGUAGGUGUGUGGCUGUUGUCUGGAGCCCUCUCUCUCCCACCGCUGUUCGGCUGGGGCGUCUACGAUUACCUCCCCUACACGUCGCUCUGUUUCUGCGACUGGUCAACCUCUUUGUCUUACGCCACCUUCAUGAUCGCCGCCUGCUUUUUCUUGCCUUGCACAGCCAUGAUGAUCUGCUACGUCAGCAUCCUGCGCACGUUUUUCCAGAGCAAGCGAACCCUGCAGGCUUUCGCUGUGACAAACGGUGACGCGCACUCUAGCAAAGUUAGCGGGCAGGUCUCUGAGGGGAGUGAAGGUGCGAGCCGAUCCGUAGUUUCAGCUGAACCGCCAAAGACUUGUCCCGAGCGAGUGAAGAGUUCAAAAUGUACUAAAGUUAUUCUGGAACAUUCCCCCGAAACGGCAGCUGCCCUUAAGCGGAUGGAAGCCCCGGAUGAUGAUUCAAAAUGGUCAAAUCACGCCUCGGUACCUUCAAAUACGACGGCUAUCAUCAAUCAUCGCGGCAUCGAAAACGAGAAUGGAUCAAAACGUACACUUCACUCUUCCGGACAUUCGAAGAAGAUUACUUUUGGACUCGAGAGUAAAAUGGAGUACAAAAACGAAGAAGACGACGUGGUAUUCGUGGAAGUUACAUCCGGUCUCACAGACCAGCAGAAUGAGAAUGUAGAAGCUCCCCUUCACCCUGACAAACGGCACAAGAACGACUCAGAUAGAAGUACGGGUCUGUACUCUAAAGUCAACGCCGUCAACUCGUCUUUGGAUGAAAAAAGCGUAGAGGCGUCAAGGGAAAGUUCCUCGGAUCUCAUCCCCUCCUCGCCCAAACGAUUGCCGUCCAGGCGAGGUUCGACAGCUUCCAGCUCCAGACACAACAGUGCCAGCGAGCCACCGAGUGGUCCCGGCUCAGACAGACAGAGAAGUGACAAGACGUCGUUCCAACCCAGUACCCAGUUUCUUAACAUUGAUUUAGAAAAAGAAACGAGUACUGACGUUGGUUAUAAAUCAGUUUCAGAAGUCGAUGAAAAAACAGGUGAAGUAACUGCCGUAGAACCAUGCUCUCCGAUACCAAUAAUCGACUGUCUCUGCGGUCAAUGCGAUGAGAAAGACUGUGGUUUUCUUUUUGAAAGCGGAGCAAGAAGUUCGAGCGAGGGAAAUCCGAGCGAUCAUUCGAUUAAAUCAGCAGCUGCAGCUUGGGUUCAAAGUGUGCCAGGCUCGUGUGGUGAUGAGAAUAGAGGUGAGAAAACGGAGAAAAGACACCCACAUGUAUUCCCGGAAGCUGACCCGGCCUUUCAGCCGGAGAUGCACAAACAACGAAAUGACGUCAUCGAAGCUGGGAAGGAAAACGAGCAGGACGCCGAAGAAUUUUCUUGCUCAGACCAGGCAGUAAGGCACGCUGCCAGCAGCCGUGAAUCAUCACCGAUUGGCCAACACCUUCUCCCUGAUGAUGACACGUCUCAAGAAAAUAAGACAUCUCCGGAAAAGCCUACAGCUCUGGAAAAUCACGCGCCUCUGGACAAUCGUUCCUUUACCCUCCGCCCAUUCUCUGAGUUUGAAACAGACUUGCACCUAAACGGGAGCAUACAUUCGUGCCCUCAAUUAAAAAGAACACCUGAUUUCCAACUUGACCAAGGUAUACGAGAAAGUAGAAAAAGUGUCACAGAAAGAGAAAACCAAUACCCACUUCUGAACAAUCUAAACAGGCAGGCUGUUAUAUCUCCAGGCACAACAAAGUCGUCAGUGAGCCAAGUGGACAGAUAUAACAAGCCAACUGUUGAUGCCCCUACUCGCCAAAGACAAGUAUUCAUCUCUCGGGGAAAUACGUCCAUUCCCGGCGCUCUCAAUAAUUUGUCCAGCAUUCCAGAACACCUUCACUCCUCGACAUCUCACCUCCACUUCUCUGGCAGUGAUAAACAACACCAUAAUAUUCCAGCGACAUCCAGUUCCCUCCCCAGUCUCUGCACAGACAGAUAUUACCCCCCUGUAUCUACUAGUGGUUGGGACAAAAGUGAGAAUGCGUUGUCCUUCGUAAACGUGUAUGCGACUUCCCAGUGGAGUCGCAUCAAACAAACAUUCAGAGACGUUUCGUUCCUGGAAUCUCACAAGAUUCAACCAAACAACGUCCCGGCGCACACGGGACUGAACAAGCACUUCGUUCCGAGGCUGAUGAAGUCAGUCAGUAAACCGAGCUCCAACGACAGAGACGCCAAAGUUACUUCUACUAACAGAGAUCAGAUCAUGCCACGACACCCUGGCUCCAAGCGCAAUCCAUUUAUUCACAUACAUCUCACUCGGCCAGACUCUGAUGGGGGGAAUACAGAUGGGGUACAAAAGCAAGACAAACAUCAAAGAGUUUCUAUCGGGAAGCAGAAUGGAACGCUUUUAAGAGUAGGGGAAGCAGAGGCAGAAAGAGGAGGAGGAGAAGGGGGAGUAGGGAGAGUAGUUGGAGGAAUUGAACUAGGAGGAGCAGGAGGCGCAAUAGUAGAAGGUAUAGGAAGAGGGUGGCGUUUAACGAAGAAAAAAUUCCUCGCUCCGCCAGGCCCCAUCCCCAAAAAGCGGACAAUGUCAAGGUCAGACCGGCGCAGACGCGAGGAGUACCAACUGUCGGCGUCUCUUCUGGUGGUCAUCGUCAUCUUCAUUAUCUGCUGGUUCCCGUACUGCGUGUCCAUGUUCGUGUCCCUCAUGUCUCCCAGCUCCUCCACCCGGGCACUGGACAUGACGUCCAUCCUCCUGGGCUACUUAAACAGCUGCGUGAACCCUAUAGUGUACGGCUUGAUGAACCGCCGGUUCAAGGCCGGCUACAGGCGCCUCUUUGCCAGGCUCAGGUGUGGGAGGAACCACCUGCUCAAGAUCAGGAACAGAGUCUGGCCCAGUCAGACGGGAACCUCGCCUUCACACAAUUCUUGACAGUCUUCUAUUUAUCGGUUUAAGCUAUUAUUUAUUUAUUUA